AUGGAGUCCAGGAUAGUGAGUAGUGCUGAGCAGGCCACCGAUAUACGGUACAGUUUCCUGAACACAUUGGAUCAUUUCUCGUGUGAGUAUGUGCGGACGUUGUGGUUGAUACAGUACUUGGACAACAAGUGUUUAGAUGGUGCUAGGGACGAGGAGGCGCUUGAGUUGCAGAUAUGUGGUAAGGCCGAGUACUUGAACAAGCUGGUCGAAGAAAGGGUCAGUUUUUUGCAGCAGUACAAGCAGGACUUGGAGAUGCAAAAAGGUAUAAACAAGCGGUAUUCGCAACUGCUGAGUCGGAAAAAGGGUACUUCCACAGUGGUACGGCAGAGCAGUAAGACCACUACUAAGAAGCAAAAUGGCAAAAAAUUGCUGUUAAAGAUCAACUUGAAGAAAGCUUAUAGGCGAGAUAUGGAACUAGAAAAGAAGCGGAAGGAUUACUUGCAAAAAUCAAGUAAUGAGAGCAAGAAAAGAGAGGUCAAGGAUGCAAAUGGCGAUGAAGAAAGGUACUGUUUUUGUAAUGAUGUCUCAUAUGGGGCCAUGAUUGCUUGCGAUAACUCCAAGUGUGAACGUGAAUGGUUCCAUUACCCCUGUAUAGGUAUGACCAAACCCCCUUCUGGGAAGUGGUAUUGUAGCGAGAAAUGUAGACUCCAGGGAGGCAAGAAAUGA